UCGAAAUAGCACAAAACCAUUCGAUCAAUGACGAUCGAACGGUGGAAACCUCACCGAACAUGUUUCUAUAAAGACGCUUCACGAUUUUGCAUUUAGAGAAAAACUUCCCCAAAAACAAUCCUCAUAAAUCCAGAAUUCCCUCUGAAUUUGCCUCUUAUAACUGCUGCUCUGUUGAUCGUCGGAGGGGCAAAAUGGCAUCGGAAUUUUCCGGCGGAGGUCCGGAAUUUUACAGCGCAGGCAGAUCCAUUAACACCGCCAUGACCAGCAACGUUUCUCAGUCUCCUUACCGAUCCCAGCUCUCUCAAAUAUUCCUCGACCCCGCGUCGCAGAUAACUCAACAGAGAACAGCAAAUCAAAGCCUGAUCGGAAAGCGAACGCUUACCGACUUUCAAUCACACCAGACAUACCAAACUCCACAACAAUUGAACAGAUUCUUUCCCCGUUCCGUGAAGCCACGGAUGUACCAGAAUACAUCUCCGAUAUCAACUCUGUCUCCGAUUGAAUUGUCUGCUAACCUGUCUUCUGAUGUGUAUUCUUUGUCUUCUAUCUCGCCGGCUUCUAUUUUGUCAGAGCACCGGCAGCGCUGCGGCUUGAGGCCUCUACAACGGCAGAUGCCGCACCACCUCUCGCCAAUGAACGCAGGGCCUGUAUUACAGUCCGGUGUACCGUACAUGAACGACGCUCAGAAGGGAAUAGCUAGUAUGAAUAAUCAGGAAUCAGAGAAGAUGUUGAAUCGGCUGCAGGAGCUGGAGAAGCAGCUUCUUGACGACAACGAUGACGAUGAGGGAGAUGCGGUCUCUGUUAUUACGAAUAUUAAUAGCGAGUGGUCAGAGACCAUACAGAACCUGUUCAGCUCGUCAAGUCCAUCGGCGAUUUCUACUUCUCCAACAAACUCCUCCACCUCUUCUUACUGUUCGUUGUCUUCAUCAGCUGCCACUCCUGUCUCGAAUUGUUCCAAAGAGACUGUAAUCGAGGCUGCUACCGCCAUUUACGAUGGGAAAGCAGAGGCGGCCACCGAGAUCUUGACGCGCUUGUCACAGUUUGCAAACAGGAAGGGCAAUUCGGAGCAGCGAGUGACGGAAUACAUGUCGUUGGCCCUGAAAUCACGCUCGAACUCUUUCGAUAGCCCGCCUCCUGUCGCGGAGAUGUACGGUAACGAUCAUAUUGGUUCGAUUCAGCUGCUUUACGAUAUCUCCCCAUGUUUCAAACUGGGUUUCGUGGCGGCGAAUCAAGCUAUUCUUGACGCCACGCUAGACGAGCCAAACACGGAUAAGUUCCAUGUUGUUGAUUUCGAUAUUGGGCAGGGAGAUCAGUACGUGAAUCUCCUACACGCGCUCUCCUCGCGUCGUAAGCCGCCUGUUACUUUCAAGAUCACCGCUGUUUCAGAUAAUGGUAGCGAAGAACGGCUGAGGCUGGUUGGUGAUAUGUUGAGCCAGCAAGCGAAGCGGGUUGGAUCUACUCUCCAUUUCAAUGUUGCCGUGGGUCAGAAAAUCAGUAAUCUAAGCCGUGAAUCACUGGGUUGCGAACCGGACGAGCCGCUGGCAGUGAAUUUCGCGUUCAAUCUGUACCGGAUGCCCGACGAGAGUGUCUCGACGGAGAAUCCACGGGACGAGCUUCUCCGCCGCGUGAAAGGAUUGGCACCGAGAGUGGUGACCCUAGUGGAGCAGGAGAUAAAUACGAAUACGGCGCCGUUCGUAGCGCGGGUGGGGGAGGUGUGGUCGUAUUAUGGAGCGUUAUUUGACUCGAUUGAGAGCACUGUGGCUAGGGACAGUGCAGAACGAGUCAAAGUAGAGGAGGGACUGGGUCGGAAACUCGGCAACUCGGUUGCUUGCGAGGGUAGGGACCGCUUGGAGAGAUGCGAGGUGUUUGGGAAGUGGCGGGCCCGCAUGGGUAUGGCUGGGUUCAAUUUGAAACCAAUGAGUCCGAAUUUGGGCGAGUCAAUGCGUGCCAGGCUCAGUUCAGGAAACCGACCCAACCCGGGCUUCACCGUUAAAGAAGAGAACGGAGGGGUUUGUUUUGGCUGGAUGGGUCGAACUCUAACCGUCGCAUCUGCUUGGAGUUAAUUCAGUCUCAUCAAUAUAGUGUUACUUAUUAAAUUGUCAUAGUAUUUUUAGAAGUUUUCCUGAGAAAAUGACAAAAUGUGGAAGGAAAUUGAAGAAGAAAAAUCACCCACCAAAGGAAGAGAAUAAAAUUUGUGUUUGCAUUUGAUGACAAAUUUAUGUGCA